UUUAUUGCAGGUAUUGCAGAUCGCUGCACAGCUGUGAAGUAUCACUUCUCUCAGCCAAUCAGACUGAGGAACAUCCCUCUGAACCUAACCAGGACCAUCCAACAGGACGAGUGGCACCUGCUUCACCUGCGGCGCAUCACAGUCGGGUUUCUUGGCAUGGCGGCGGCGGUCCUGCUUUGUGGGACCAUCGUGGUGUCGGUCGGGUUCUUUUGGGAGGAGAGUUUGACGCAGCACGUCUCCGGAUUACUGUUCCUCAUGGCAGGGAUCUUUUGCACCAUCUCUCUGUGUACGUAUGCAGCCAGUGUGACCUAUGACCUCUCCAGAACCCCCCCCUUCAUCUACGGUCUGCCAGCUGAUGUGGAUCACGGCUAUGGCUGGUCUCUCUGCUGUGCCUGGGCCAGUCUGGGUCUCACGGUGGCCGCCGGCUGCCUCGGUACCAUCUUCCCCUUCCUGAGCCGGGCCGGAGCUCUGCGCUCCAAAACGGCCCGCCAGUCCUCCGUCUGAGGCACCGGCUGUCAACCAAUCAGAGGAGGAGAAGCCGGAGGGCUUGACGACGGAGACCUUGGUUUGUUGAGCUGCACCUGGUUUAUGUGACCUGGGUUCUGCACAGACCGGUGGCAAGGGGUCAGCAUCCAGGUGGAGCUGCAGGAGGUCAGCACCGGCUUCUAAAAUGUCUUCAAUGAAUUGCUCUUCGGUCAUCGAGUCGCUCGACUGCGUCUGAACUGCGUGUCUCUGCUGCCCUCCGGUGGUUCAGCUCCUCAACUGACUGCAGUGAUGAGCAGCUGCACUCCAGCACACUGACGUCCCCGUUAGGUGUGGUUACAGGUGUGUGUGGUGUGACCAGAAGCUGUAGGAGCUAGCAUGCUAACAGGCUCACAGAGUCACUGUUUGCCAGGAACUGCAGCCAAUCAGCAUCCUUCUCCUCUGCUUCUCGCCUGCAGCUGUAAACGAACACAUGAACUUAUUUCCAGAGAGAAAACCACUUCACAGGUUUGUGAAGAUCCCCCUUCAGUGGCUCUACUUCCUGAACUCCUCUACCAAAACAAGAGCAUGACAUGUAGAACUGGAGCUGUCGUGGGUCACAGCUGUGCAGAGGGUCCAGACCCCCACUGAGAGAUAAGGAUUAUUCCCUGUCCCACAAAGCAGAGCGCUUCAUUUGGUCUGGGGCUUUUUCUUUUCUAACUUUCAAACAUUAACAUAAAAAAAUUCUCUCACAAAAAAACUUCAGUCCCGUCUUUUAGGAAUCAUCGUCACAUUAAGCAGAUUUAUUGUUUCACUGCAUCUUCAGGCUGUGAAGAUUAGUUCCUGAGAGCAAACUGUAAAUACUGAAUACAUUUAAACUGUAAAUACUGAAUACAUUUAAACU